AUGCAAAUCUCGACGAUUACCGCAAUCAUGGCCUUCGGUACGGCCGCGGCCUCUGCCACCACGAUCAACCUCUUCUCUGCGACGAAAUGCGCUGAUGGCGACUACAUCAAGACCUUGGGAGGCUUGAAGAGCGGUUGCCACAAGUUUGGUGUCGCCAAUGUGAAAGCUGUCGACACUCGCAACUUGAGCGGCAAAUGCACUGUCACUGUUUACUCUGAUGCUUCCUGCUCCGACCACGCCACUCCCGCCCGCUUGGACGAAUGUGUUCCCCGCGCUGGUGGAUGGCAGAGUUUCUCUGUUGACAACUGCUGA